AUGAGAGGUCUUUUGCAGACUCCAAUGGCAAACCCCUUCGCUGUUGAUAUUUUGAAGUUGGUUGUGCCUUCGUUUCAUCGCUCCACGAGAACUUGCCGCACGAUCCAACGGCUAGAGGAUCACCACGCGCCUCAGGAGGGGUAAGGAUGAUGGUAGUUGUCUGCAAGAUGCUUUGUAAACACGCAGCUGAGUUUACUACACUUGUUCCCGAAGCAAGCUACAAUCUGGGGACUACCCACCUCCUCCCUAACUUUCUCACCUUCUCACAAUUAUUUUUAUUUAUUAUUACUAUCAAUUAUUUCUAUUUUUUUCUUUUAGUAGUUGUAAAAUGGGUGUAAAAUUAAUAAAUUAUAUCUCUCUCUUUUUCUUCGUGGUCACUGAACUAAAGCCUCCUCACCGAUGCUCUCUUAACUCUCUCUAGAGAGAUUGCAAAAUGGAAAGCAGCUUUUAGCUAAAUCCUUGUCACAGGUACUGUGGUGGAUUUGAGAUCAGUUUCAUUUACUUUUGCAAGGAAAGCGGUUUUGAGUUUUGGGUUGUGGACAUAAUGGGAAAGCCUGCAAGGUGGUUAAAAAGUGUAUUACUUGGAAAGAAAUCAUCUAAAUCUAGUGGUUCUAAAGACAAGGAGAGAGCUGUGAAUGGAAAAGAGGUAGUGGUUGUUUCAAAGAUUGAAGAAUCCGAUGUGGUUUCGGAUCUUCCAUCCUUUGGAACUGCAACAGUUUCCACCAGUGCUGCGGUAGAGGCACAGAAGAUAGAAGAACAUGAGGUGGUUUCAGACGACGAGAUACAGAUUCCUGAGAGCCAAGCUCAACCAACAGAUUCUCCAACCGCUGCUUCUGUUGUAGUACCUGAUGAUUCUCUAUCAGAUUCAGAAAAAAUUCAGCAAGAGGUUGCAGCAACAACUCUGCAGGCUGCCUUUAGAGGCUACUUGGCUCGACGUGCCUUCUGGGCAUUAAAAGGCAUAAUAAGGCUACAGGCAGUUAUCCGCGGCCACAUGGUUAGGAGGCAAGCUGUUGCGACUCUGUGCUGUGUUAUGGGAAUUGUCAGAUUGCAAGCACUUGCUCGAGGAAGUGAGAUCAGACGUUCUGACAUUGGUGUUGAAGUUCAUAGGAGAUGCCGGUUGAAUCAUCAUCAGCAUUUGCAGGAGAAUAAACUCCCUGAAGACUCUGUUGUUGAAACACAUACUUAUCUUGGAAUCAAGAAGCUAACUGCAAAUGCUUUUGCUCAGAAGCUUCUAGCUUCAUCACCAAACGUGAUGCCUGUGCACUUAGACAAUGGCUAUUCCAAUUCAAUCUGGUUAGAGAAAUGGUCAGCCUCUUGCUUCUGGAAACCAGGUCCUCAACCGAAGAAAACAUCCGUCAGGAAAACUCAGAAGAAGUUCGAAGGGGACUUUGCUAAACAAAAGAAGAGUGUUCGCAAAGUCCCUGCUCCCAAUCAGGACAACCCCUCUGCUGCUGCUUCUGCACAGACGUCCUUUGAGUUUGAGAAACCAAAACGCAGCAGCUUCCGCAAAUUUUCAACAAGCCAAUCUGUAGAACUACCACCACUAGAAGAGCCUCCUCAAGUUGAUCUAGAGAAGGUGAAACGUGGCUUGAGGAAAGUGCAUAACCCUGUAGUUGAGAGCUCUAUCCAACCUCAACCAUCUCCAGAGAAGCUGGAGAUUGAGAAGCCAGCUCUAGCUUUAGAACAACCUGUGAGUGUCUUUGCUGAAGAAGAAAAGGAUGAAACGGCUGAGACUGUGGUGGAGAUAGUUCACACUCAUGGACCGUUGGAGACCAAUGAAGCACCUGAUUCUCCGUUGGUGAUAGAGAGCCAAGAAAAUGUUAUGGCUGAGGAGAAGGAGGAGGAUGUGAAAGAAGAGAGAACUCCCAAACAAAAGAACUCAGCUGGGAAGGAGAAUAAAAAAUCAAGGAAGAAGGAUUCUCCGGUUACUACUACUACUACUACUACUACUACUACUCAAGCUGCUGAGUGUCAAGAGAGUAGUGAUGUGAAUCAGAGUAGUACCCCGGGGCUACCAAGCUAUAUGCAAGCGACUAAAUCCGCAAAAGCAAAGCUGAGACUACAACAAGGCUCUUCUUCUCCUAAGCAACAAGGGGCUGAGAAAGCCACUAGACGUUACUCACUGCCAUCUUCAGGUAAUAACGCAAGAGUCACUUCUGAUUCUCCUAAGACAACAAGAGUCUCAAACUCUGGUGGCAAAACCGGGAAGAAGACCGAGAAACCUUCGGCCCGAGAAGGCAAUGGGAAGACAGCUCAGGUAGAGUGGAAGAGAUGAUAUUCAUCUGGUAUUCAAAGAGGUCUCUAAUGUUUCCCACUCUACAGAUAUGUUACCAUCUAUCUAUAUAGUUAGAGUAUGUAAUUUCUGUUUGUGUUUGUGUUGAGAAUGUACAUCAUCGGUUUGUUUUUUGUGUGUGAGUGGCAAGUUUAUUUUCUGUUUUCAUGCUACAUUCCUUCUGUUAUUACCUUGAAAAAUCAACUUUGGUUAUGAUAUCAUGUAUUCUCAACUCUUAAAAUAAAUAAUACUAGAUCAUGAUCCGCGACCGCGUGGAUUUAUUUUUUA